GCUGCGCGAAGGCGGGAGGCUUGAGCCGGGCGGCGGAGGGCGGCGCUGGCGGCCGCCGUCGGUGUGGCGGGUUAGUGUUAUUGAAGAUGAGACGAUCUGCAGCACCAAGUCAGGUGCAGGGAAACUCCUUUAAAAAACCAAAGUUCGUACCUCCAGGAAGAAGUAAUGCAAGUCCGCAUAAAGAGAUUACAAGGAUGAGUCCAGAUAUAAAACCAUUUCAGGGGGCUGAACAGUCACAGAAUGAUCCAGGUGUUUGCAGGUCAAGUCUUUGCUCUACUGAAGGAAGCACUAGGGAAAUGGGUUAUGGAAUAGAUCCACUUCACACAGUUCAUUCGGCCUCUAAAGAAAUCACAGAAUCCAAGACACAAGAAGAGGAACCUAGUAGCUUGCUUAAAUAUUUCAGUGUUGUUUGGUGUAAAGCUUCAAAGAAAAAACACAAAAAAUGGGAAGGUGAUGCUAUUCUUAUUGUGAAAGGAAGGUCCUUCACAUUGAAAGAUCUGGAAGGCAAAGACAUUGGAAGAGGCAUUGGAUAUAAGUUCAAAGAGCUUGAAAAUGUAGAAGAAGGCCAAACCCUGACGCUUGGUGGGAAAGAGAUAGAAGUCCUGGGUACAAUCUCUUCCGACGACUUCCACAGUGGCAAGUGUUUUCAGUGUGCAGGAGGAAGCCCUGUCGUCCUAGGUUCUCAGGCUGCCAGGAAAUGUUUUUCUAACCCUUUCAAAAGUGUUUGCCAAUCAACUCAACUAAAGAAAACUAGAUGGGAAAACUGCAAACCACGCCAUGACCCGUGCACACCAAAUUCCCUUGUCAUGCCGCGGCCAGACAAGGACCACCAGUGGAUGUUCAAUAGAAACAGCUUUCCUCUUGUGGAUGUGGUGAUAGAUCCUCACCUUGUCCAUCACCUCCGACCACAUCAGAAAGAGGGGAUCAUCUUCCUCUACGAGUGUGUGACGGGAAUGAGGGCAAAUGGCAGAUGUGGUGCUAUUCUUGCUGACGAAAUGGGUUUAGGAAAAACAUUGCAGUGUAUCUCGCUCAUCUGGACUCUCCAGUGUCAGGGACCCUAUGGAGGCAAGCCAGUAAUAAAGAAGACACUUAUUGUCACCCCUGGAAGCUUGGUGACUAAUUGGAGGAAAGAAUUUCAAAAGUGGCUUGGAAGUGAAAGGAUCAAAAUAUUCACUGUUGAUCAGGACCAUAAAGUUGAGGAGUUUAUCCAGUCUACAUUUUAUUCUGUUCUUGUCAUCAGUUAUGAAAUGUUACUUCGUUCCCUUGAUCAAAUUAAGACUCUAAAAUUUGACCUUCUGAUCUGUGAUGAGGGUCAUCGUUUGAAGAACAGCAGUAUCAAGACAACUACAGCCCUCUCCAGCCUCCCUUGUGAGCGCAGAGUAAUCCUGACUGGUACCCCGGUUCAGAAUGACCUGCAAGAGUUUUUCGCAUUAGUUGAUUUUGUUAAUCCAGGAAUAUUAGGCUCUUUGUCGUCUUAUCGGAAAAUAUAUGAAGAGCCCAUCAUUACAUCAAGAGAACCUUCUUCUUCCAAGGAAGAAAAAGAGUUAGGAGAGAAAAGAGCAACUGAACUCACGUGCCUCACUGGACGUUUUAUCCUUAGAAGAACGCAGGAGGUCAUCAAUAAGUAUCUUCCCCCUAAGAUAGAGACCGUAGUCUUUUGCAGACCGGGAGCACUGCAGAUUGAACUUUACCGAGUGCUGCUGAGUUCUCAGUCUGUCAGGUCCUGUCUGCAAGGACUACUGGAAAACAGCGCUCACCUCAUCUGCAUAGGAGCCCUGAAGAAACUGUGCAACCACCCUUGCCUUUUGUUCCGCUCUGUGAAGGGGAAAGAGUUUAGCUCAAGUUGUGAUGAAAGUGAAGAAAGGAGCCUGUGCAAAGGCUUGCUGACCGUGUUCCCUGCUGGCUACGACCCUCUGCAGUUCUCUGAGAACGAGUCGGGAAAACUACAGGUGUUGGUAAAGCUCCUGGCGGCCAUCCACGAACUUCGACCCACGGAAAAAGUGAUUUUGGUAUCCAACUACAGAAAAACCUUGAAUAUCUUAGAAGAAGUGUGCAGGCGCCACGGAUAUGCUUGUGUGAGACUUGAUGGCCAAACACCGGUCUCUCAAAGGCAGCAAAUUGUUGACAGUUUCAAUAGUAAAUACUCCACUGAUUUGAUUUUUUUAUUAAGUUCAAAAGCUGGUGGUGUGGGACUUAAUCUUAUUGGAGGGUCCCACUUGAUUCUCUAUGAUAUUGACUGGAACCCAGCCACUGACAUCCAGGCUAUGUCUAGAGUAUGGAGAGAUGGUCAGAAACACCCCGUACAUAUUUACAGACUCCUGACUACAGGUACAAUAGAGGAAAAGAUCUAUCAAAGGCAGAUCAGUAAGCAAGGCCUUUCUGGGGCAGUUGUAGACCUAACCAGGUCAUCCGAGCACAUCCAGUUUUCGGUGGAAGAGCUUAAGAACUUGUUCACAUUACAUGAAAAUUCCCACUGUGUCACUCAUGACCUGCUCGAGUGUGAGUGCUCAGGGGAAGCAGAUCACGCUGAUGAUGCAUCGGAACCCCCCGCCACCUCUAGACAGCUUGACCCUCAGAAGCCUAACUCCUUGAGACCUCUCUCCAUGUCACAGCUGAAGCAGUGGAAACAUUUUUCUGGAGACCAUUUAAAUCUCCCAGACCCGUUUCUCGAGAGAAUGAGGGGAAAUGUGUCAUUCUUUUUCCAGAAUAUAACCAACCAAGCUCCUGCCGUCUAACGAAGGACUACUUCCUACCAUUCCUUUGCUCCCUUAAAAACUAAUGGAGGAAUAAAUGCAACGUUGGGAAUAACAUUACCUGAGUUAUCACAGUAGACUUUGUUUUAAUAUAUGUCAGUUUAAUUACAAUAAAAACCUAAUGUUUGCUUUCGUGUGUAUACCCUUCAGGGUUGAAAGUGAAACACCAAUGAUGCACUAUCGUCUUGCUUCUGCUCAUGCGUGAGUCCGUGAUCCACACACUUGAUCCCGUGUCGGCAGUUUAAUUUGCUUUUCCCUGAGUGCCAAGGCUAUCGCACACUUUCUUGAGUAUUUAUUGGCUGUUUCUUUGUUUGAGAACUGUCUCUGUAGUUCAUUACCCCUUUUAUUGAUGGGAUGAUUUAGGGUUUUCUGCUGUUUAAUUUUUGUGCCUCUUGAUGUAUCCUGGCUCGGAAUCUCCAGGUGAGGAGCUGGCCAAGAUUUCCCACUCUAUAGGCUGGCCUCCAUCCUGGUGAUGGUUUUCUUUGCAGUGUAAGGGCUUUGUCUUUGUUGAUGCUUUUAGACAUGGAGACCAAGGAAGGAAAAGCAAGCCAGGAACGGGAGCGGGCCGUUGGGCUGGCCGAGAGCAAGUGCUCCGGGCCGCUUCCUGUUAAGAAAACCCCCACCUAUGUCUGUGUCUUGAAGGGUCUGUGUGGGUGGAGCCUGGUGCUUGGAGGACCUUAG